AUGGACACCGACCACCGAAUGGAAGCCUUCAUCACCACUCCAACUGCGACGGCCCUUGCUGCGUUUCUGCUCAUGACCUGUGCCACCGGCGUCUUGCCGGCGAUGGCGGCUUCGGCCAAGGCGGCUGAGGGAAAAGCCCCCGGAGCUUGGGAGCCAA